AUGAGUUCUUUUCCUGUCUGUGCUAUCUGUCUACUUUUUCUAGCAGAUUUAGUGUUCCCUAAACAAGUGUGCAGUAAGCAAGAUGUACUGGAAUAUUUAAAUCUUACCAGAGACAAUGAAAUAUUCACAACUUGCCGUCCUGCACUGGACUGGAGAAACCCCACCAUUGUGUAUGUUGAUAUUUACCUCUACGGCAUCCUUUCUAUGAUUGAAAAGUCUCAAAUCUUUGUACCUCUUAUUUGGAUGUCCAUGAGUUGGAACAAUGAACGAGUCUCUUGGGAUCCUAAAGAUUUUUGUGGCAUUAAAAGUGUGAUUUUGCCAAAAGAGAUGCUUUGGAAACCAGACCUUUAUGUUCUUGAGACUGCAGAAAAGGAAGAUGGACCACUGAAUCCAUAUUUGUUUAUUACUCAUGAUGGAACUGUGACGAUGGAGGAUGACCAUAAGAUUGUCAGCACCUGCGCAAUGAAUGUGCACAAGUUUCCUUUUGAUACACAAACGUGCCACAUCACAGUGUCUUCAAUGAAUUACUCAGAUAAAGAAAUAAAGCUGGUUCCUGCCUCCAACUCAUCAAAGGUGACACAGGUUGCUCGAGAAAGCAUAUUAACACAAGGAGAAUGGGAGUUCUUGAACAUAUCCGUCUCACUUAAGAAUGAGAGCUAUGAGGACCAAACAUUCGACAGCAUAAAGUACACGAUUUCAGUCAGAAGGAUGCCCCUGAUGCAUUUCAUCAAUUUUCAGCUACCUAUAUUGUUUUUCCUAAUUUUGGACCUAGCAUCUUUUUUCAUACCAGAUAGAGGGGACAAACUGUGCUUCAAAGUGACUGUGCUACUGGGGAUCUCUGUACUUCUGCUCAUCCUAAAUGACAUUCUGCCAUCCAAAUCUCACAGAUGUCCUCUGAUAGCUGUGUAUGUCAUUGUCAUCUUUUCUUUCAUGUUGCUGAGUCUUCUGGAGACAGUUCUGGUGAUAUACUUGAUAAAUAUGAACUCUGAACUAGACACGAAGGGGGUUCAGAGACCUGAAGAUCACAACUCUGACACAGAUAACUGGAAAAGAGACAGGAAUGGAGUCGAAGCUCCCCUUGAGUCUCUGGUGUUGAAUGAAAUAUACAGCAAAGAAAAAAUGAAUGACGUGCAGCUUUUGCAGCUGAUCCUAGAAGAGCUUCAGACUAUCAGACAGACUCAUGAUCCUGAGACUUUAAAAGCCAAACCUGCUCAGAUUUACUGGUUAGGAAUCGCUAAAUGUAUUAACAGGGUAUUUUUUGCGGUUUAUCUCAUCUCAGUUUCUCUCUUUCUUGUCUUUAUCUUUCGAGAGUGGAAAGCUGAGUAA